GUUCUUUCCGCUUCCUUUUCCAGUCUCUCUCUUGCACGCGUCUUCAACGUAGCAAGCACUCUUCACCUUGUCUUUAAAACGCUAAAGCGAUCCUUGGAAGCACUGCAAAGAUGCCCAGGGAAGACAGGGCCACAUGGAAGUCCAACUAUUUUAUGAAGAUCAUCCAACUCUUGGAUGACUUCCCAAAAUGCUUCAUUGUGGGUGCCGACAAUGUCGGCUCCAAGCAGAUGCAGCAGAUCCGCUUGUCUCUGCGCGGAAAGGCUGUUGUGCUCAUGGGUAAGAACACCAUGAUGCGCAAAGCCAUCCGUGGCCACCUGGAAAACAACCCUGCCCUGGAGAGGCUGCUUCCUCACAUUAAGGGGAAUGUUGGCUUUGUCUUCACCAAGGAGGACCUAGUUGAGAUCAGGGACAUGCUGCUGGCCAACAAAGUGCCAGCUGCUGCUCGUGCAGGUGCUAUUGCCCCCUGUGAUGUAACGGUGCCAGCCCAGAACACUGGUCUGGGUCCUGAGAAGACCUCUUUCUUCCAGGCUCUGGGCAUCACCACUAAGAUCUCCAGAGGAACCAUUGAAAUCUUGAGCGACGUGCAGUUGAUCAAGCCUGGAGAUAAGGUGGGCGCCAGCGAGGCUACGCUGCUGAACAUGUUGAACAUCUCGCCCUUUUCCUAUGGGUUGAUCAUCCAGCAGGUGUAUGACAACGGCAGCGUGUACAGCCCUGAGGUGCUGGACAUUACAGAGGAGGCCCUGCACAAGCGUUUCCUUGAGGGCGUGAGGAACAUCGCCAGUGUGUGCCUGCAGAUUGGAUACCCCACUUUGGCUUCCAUCCCCCACUCCAUCAUAAACGGCUACAAGAGAGUCCUUGCUGUCGCCGUGGAGACGGACUACUCCUUCCCCUUGGCAGAGAAGGUUAAGGCCUUCUUGGCUGACCCGUCUGCCUUUGCGGCCGUUGUGGCACCAGUAGCUGCAGCAGCAGAAGAGGCUGCUGCUCCUGCUGCAGCCAAGGAGGCUGCCAAGGAGGAGUCUGAGGAAUCGGAUGAUGACAUGGGCUUUGGACUGUUUGACUAAAUCAGAGAACUCAUGUUCUGUUCUACCAACCAAUAAAAGAAUCCUCUGAAUGA